AUGGCCGUGCACACACCUCUGCCCCCCAACCUCCGUCGGGGCUUGGCGGCAUUCAGCGGCUCCCUCUUCAUCAACAACAAGACGCGGGACAGCGGCGCUGCCCACACCUACCGCCCAGCCCACGAAGUGCUGGCCAGCCUGCCCCUCCAGAUGAUGCUCUACUUCAACGUCUACUACUUCCCGGUGUGGUGCCUGGCUGAGGGGAUGAUGCUGCAGCUGAAGUUCCACCUGCUGCCUCGGCACUACCAGUUCCUGCUGGUCGCUGCCUUCCUCAUCCUCUCGCUGGCUGAGGGCUCCCGCCUCUACCUGGGCUACGUGGGGAACCUGCAGGAGAAGGUGCCCGAGCUGGCCGGGUUCCUCCUCCUCUCCUGCCUGAUCCAGCUCCCCCUCCUGCUCUUCCUGCUGAUGGACAGCCACGUCAUCCACCUGCCGCUGGAGAUGGCCAUGCACAGCCUUUCCCUGGCCUUCCUCCUUGCGGAGAUUGCUGCUGCCUUCCUUGCGCUGAAGACCAUGACCAAGCUGCUGGCGGCACAGUUCUACCUGCGGCAGCUGAAGGAGGGCAGCAGGCCGUGUCCCCAUCGCAUCCACCUGGAGGUUGCUCUGGAGUGA